AUGCUUAGGAAUUACACUGCUCUUCAACGCCAACUGGCUAUUCGAGCCAAGGUCUCGAUGAUGAUGCCCGCAAUCGCACCACGCAUCACUACAAGAUUCUUCUCGGCAUCACAAUGCCAUCAUGCCACGGAUGAUGAAAAACCUCCAGUCCACAAUAGCAGCAACAGCAACGGGACAGAAAAGAAGGAUGAAGGAAAAGAAAAAGAGGACGGAGCAGCAACAGCAGCAACAGAGACGCCUAGCAAAGAUACUACCAUUACCUCGACAGAGGAUGAGCUGAAAGCUGUAUCGCUCAAAUUGAAGGAAUUGCAGGCUUCCUAUCUAUUAUCACUUGCUGAUCAAGAAAAUUUGCGACAACGCAACGCACGCCAAGUAGCCAAUGCCAAAGAUUUUGCCAUUCAAAAGUUCGCCAAAGAUUUGUUGGAUUCUGUUGAUAUUCUAGACAUCGCGCUUGAGUCUGUACCAGAGACGUUUCGCAACAAGGAUGCUUGCAACCAGCAUGAAAAAAGCGAAAUCAUCGAGCAAUUGGUCAAUCUAUACACGGGUAUAUCCAUGACAGAAAUCGAAUUAAAAAAGACGCUGAAGCGCUAUGAUGUCCAGGUUGACAACCCAAUUGAUCAGGUGUUUGACCCCAACAAGCAUGAGGCUGUAUUCCAAGCACCUGUACCAGGCAAAGAGCCAGGCACUAUCUUUGUCGUGCAAAAGAAGGGUUAUCUAUUAAAGAACAGAGUAUUGCGACCUGCUCAAGUGGGUGUAGCUGCUUCAGCAGAAUAA